AGCCACCAAAGAAAAAACUACUUAAUUAUCAGUUCAGCAGAGUGAAGAAAGAAAAGGAGGGAUGACAAAAGAAGUAGAUUUGGUGUGCAUUGGGAGUGAUCUAGAAAAGGUUGAGAUAAUGAAGGAGCCUUACUAUGUAAAGGCCCUGAACAAUGACUGGGAAAGCAUUAAAACACUGUAUCAGACCAAACGUGGUGCUUUAUUCCAUAGUGUCACUCCUUGUGGAGAUACUGUUUUCCACAUUGCAGCAUACAUGGGGAGCAUAGAACUGCUUCAAGUCCUCUUCGAAAUGGUUCCAGCGUCUAGAAAAGAGGAGGUGAUGAUGAUGAAGGACAUGCAUGGCAACACCCUUCUCCAUGAGGCAGCCAUCAGCAAAAAAGUUGCUGCAGCAAAAUUCUUGAUUGAGAAUGCACAUGGAGCACAGGCGACAAUGCUGUUGAGCCACAAUGACUCAGGGGAGACGCCAUUGUACAGGGCUGCGGCACUUGGUAAUAAAGCAACGGUGGAGUACUUGGCAGAUAAGGUGGAGAAUGCAGAGGGAAAUCUUCAACAUAACUUCGCAAGAGGCUGUGAUAAUCUAUCCAUUCUUCAUAUUGCUAUCAUGAAUGAACAAUUCGAGACAGCUAAUUGGUUACUAGAAAAAGAUCCAGAGCUGGCAAUGCGAAAUGAUUCUGAGAAAACAUGUCUUCACUUUCUCGCAAGCAUGUCGACUGCUUUCAAAAGUUCUUCUGGAAGAAUGUCUGGAUUCAAGGAGUUUAUAUAUAGAGUUAUUCCUGGUGACUUACCCUCUAGAGAUGAAACUAAUCAGCAUGUACCAAGUCAGUGCUGCAAGGCUAGGGAGGACCAUCAAACAAUGAGAGGAUGGAAAUAUAUUGAAGAUAUAGGGGAAAAGAAGAGCAAGCAUGAAUUAGCGAGUAAAUUGGCUGACAAGCUGGUAAAGCUGGAUUCUUCCUCAUGGUGUGAGCACUACCAUUCAGAAGAGUACAACACCAAUAUUUGCCUUUUAAGAGACAAAGAAACAGUUGGCGAAAGAGAGAGUGACGAGGUGUCGUCCCAAACCGGAGUUAAAGGCACCGCCUUUGUGUCAAUGUCGGAUAUUCCGUUCAUGAUCGCCGCCAGCAGAGGGAUCCUGGAGAUCGUGGAGAUGAUUCACAAAGAGUAUCCUCAAGCGCUGGAGCACGUGACUCAGAAUGGACAGAAUAUUCUACACGUCGCCAUUCUAUACCGUCAACACCGCAUCUUUGAAUAUGUCAAGGAGAAGUGUGAUGCGGUGAAGAGGAGGCUGGUUUUAGGAAUUGACAAAAACGGUGACACCAUACUGCACAAAGCCGCUCAUACCAAAUACUAUCGCGAAGGAACAAAAUCAACGGUAGCUCUGAACCUGCAAGAUGAGCUGGAAUGGUUCAAAAACGUGCAAAAAAUGGUUCCUGCUUCGUACACAAUCCACAUCAACAAGGAGAAUUAUACAGCAUGGGAACUGUUCAAAGAGCAGCACAAAGAUCAACUCAAAGAGGCACAAGAAUGGGUCAAGAACGCUUGUCAGUCGUGCUCCGCCGUGGCAGUACUCGUCGCCACGGUUGUCUUUGCUGCCGCCUUCACCGCGCCAGGUGGUUUCAAUGAAUUCGGGCGUCCAAUCUUUGAGGAGCGACCUCUAUACUCUUUUUUCACCGUGAUGGACGUGGCCGGACUGGCGAGCUCAUUAACGUCAGUUGUGCUCUUCCUUUCAGUGCUCACAUCGUCGCUUGAUCUUAAAGAUUUUGAAGAUGACAUACCCCGGAACCUAUCGUUUGGCUUCCUCUUUCUGUCCUUUGCUAUUUUAAACACCGUACUUUCCUUCACAGCAGCCAUUGUCCUCACGAUUCAUUUGAAGAAGGCAUGGACUACGACUUUGACCUACGCUGCUGCAUUCCUCCCGGUCGGAGUCUAUGUGAUUGUGCAGUUCGGUUUGUACAUCGAAUACUUCGAGAUUGCUGUCAUUGGCAUUUUUAAGUUUGCGAAGAAGUUUCUUCCAUGGAUAUGAUGAAUUUGGUUAUAUUGUGUGUGUGUGUUUGUUUUUCCAAAGAAAAAAAAAAUAAGUGCCCCAUGCAAUGUUUGAGAUUGUUGAAGAAGUUUGAGAGUGCUUGAAACUAAAGAAAAGAGAAAAUGUUAGGUGCCAUUUUCUUCAAGAUAUUCUAUGUGCUAUGUAAUGUGUGUGUGUUCUUGUUUUUCAAUUUUGUUGCUUAAUUUAUGCUAAUUUAGCUUUAACUUUCUAUUGAUUCUGCUCUACUUUGGUUGUCUUCUUUCCUCCAAAUAGAUUCUUAACUCUAGC